GUUAGUAGAUUACCUUGAGAACAACGGUCGGACAUCUUGAACGGAGUCUUCAAUUCUUAUUAUUCCUCAGUGCUAGGCGUAAAUCGGACAAUUUGUAUUAAUAAAACCCCAUAUAAUACAACACCCUUUGAAAUGCAGGGAAUCAUCAACUUGACAAAAAUGAUCCGCUCAAACGCGCCCAUUCUCUCUGUUUGAGUCUGCGUGCACGUUAACUGGAGACUUCCAGCGUCGUCGGGGAACUACGGCUCCCAGAAUCCAAGCCUCCUUUUACCGGCCUAAACGUCACAUUCCUGCAUUCCCCGGUGUCUGGAAGCGUAAUCUUUUCUUUCCGAACACAUUUCUCUCCGGAGAAAUACACCGAUGACACGGCGGGUUUAAUAUCAGGAGGUUCUUCAGGAUUAUCCCCAGCUGUCCGAAUCCAAGAUUUGGGUCCCUCCCUCCUCCUUCCCUCCGUCCCCCGCCAGGUGGCAGGCAGCAGGUUGCCAUGGAGAACUCGUCUGUGGCGUCAGCGUCCUCAGAGGCUGGCAGCACGAGCUCGCAGGAGAUUGAGGAGCUGGAGCGCUUCAUCGACAGCUACGUGCUGGAGUACCAGGUGCAAGGCCUGCUGGGAGAUAAGAACGAGGCAGACCUGGACGGAGACAAGCCCCAGUCCCACAUCUCACAGUGGACAGAGGACUGCAAUGACAGGAAAGAUGGGAGUUGGUCAUCCUCACGGGGGAGGGGCUCCACCAAACCGGAUGAGUGGGAUCACAGUAGUAAUGGCAGUACGGGGUCCAGGCCCAGCUCUGGUUCAAGGCCUGGUUCAGGUUCUAGGUCCGGCAGCAGAGGGAGGAACAACCAGUUCAGAGGGCCAGCCAAGGUACAGAACGGCAACAGAGAAGGGUCAUUUGACAUCCUGGGUACUGAUAUCUGGGCUGCUAACACCAUGGACUCUCAUGGGGGGGCGACAUGGGACCUCCAGCCUGAGAAGCUAGACUUCAGUCAGUUCCACAGGACACCCUUCAGAGGAAAACCAAAGCAUCUGCCACACAUCGACAGAGAGGGGAUGAUGAAAGGCAAGUUUGAAGAUGAUGAUGAUGGCAUCGACCUGAAUGACAUGGAGAAGUUCCUGCCAGGCCUUACUGGUUUCCUGCCCCUGCCUAAUGAAGCAGAGAUCGCACACACCAAAACGCUCUUCCGACGCAGGAGGAACGACCGACGAGGGUUGCACCACAUCAUCCAGGACCAUCUAGACCUAACCGUGCUGCUGCCGCCCGGGGGGAAACGACUGGUCAGUACCAGGAGACAGCAGCAGCAGAGACCUCCGGGAGGAGGAGGAGACAGGAAGACCCAGAAUCCUCAGCAGCAGUCGCCACAACGACAACAACCUCCAUCUCAACAACAACCGGUCAAUCAGCAACAGAAUGACCAGCAGCAGCCAGUCCCGGGGGGUCAUGGUAGAUACCCUCGUGACCAACAGCAGCAGCAGGGAGGACAGCGUGGAGGUAGCCACGGGCAACAGUUCCAGGGCCACGGCGGGCAGCGUCAGGGACCUCCCCACCACGGCUAUAGCCAGAAUCGCCGCUGGCACCACAACCAGAAGGGGCAGGGGGUAGGACAGGGACUGCAUGGGCAAGGGGGCCCGGCAGGUGACAGGGACAGAGGGGCAACCACAACGGGAGACAGGGAACGAGGGGGGGCACCAACGGGAGACAGGGACAGACGGGGGGCACCAACGGGAGACAGGGACAGGGGUGGGGCACCAACGGGAGACCGGGACAGAGGGGGACACCAACAGGAGACAGGGACAGAGGGGGAACCAAUGGGAGACAGGGACAGAGGGGGGCACCAACGGGAGACGGGGACAGAGGGGGGCACCAACGGGAGACAGGGACAGAGGGGGGCACCAACGGGAGACAGGGACAGAGGGGGGCACCAACGGGAGACGGGGACAGAGGGGGGCACCAACGGGAGACGGGGACAGAGGGGGGCACCAACGGGAGACGGGGACAGAGGGGGCACCAACGGGAGACGGGGACAGGGGGGGCACCAACGGGAGACGGGGACAGAGGGCGGGCACCAACGGGAGACGGGGACAGAGGGGGGCACCAACGGGAGACGGGGACAGAAGGGGGCACCAACGGGAGACGGGGACAGAGGGGGGCACCAACGGGAGACGGGGACAGAAGGGGGACACGGGAGACGGGGGGGGGCACCAACGGGAGACGGGGACAGAGGGGGCACCAACGGGAGACGGGGACAGAGGGGGGCACCAACGGGAGACGGGGACAGAGGGGGGGCACCAACGGGAGACAGGGACCGAGGGGGGGCACCAACGGGAGACAGGGACCGAGGGGGGGCACCACUCAGAAACACCAAAGAGACAAAGAAUGUGAAGGCAGAGGAGACCAGCACCAGGCUGGAGACUGAGAGCUCCAGGGGCCCCAGUGAGGGGCUUCCCAGCCAGCCUGGGGGCCAGGAGAAGGGCCAGAGCCCGACGGGGAGUGACAAGCACAGGGACAGCCAGCUGGACGAGGGCCCUAAAGUUAGCCUGCUGCAGUCAUCCAAGGAGAGGCUGAGGAGGAGGCUAAAAGAUAAGGAGGAGGCUGUGGUGUCUCCGGUCGGGCCCCAGCGGAGCCGCAUGCACCGCCUGCUGGAGAUCCUGAACAGCAUGAGGAGCAACAGAGCCGGGGUGGACAGCCAGCUCAGCUCCUUCAUGGAGGAGGCCCAGAGCUCCACCCAGUCAGAGGAGACCCUGGCCCAGAUAGUCAGCACCAUCUACGACAAGGCCCUCAGCGACAGGAGCUUUGCUGCUACUGCUGCAAGGCUCUGUGACAAGAUGGCCCUGUUCAUGGUGGAGGGGACCAAGUUUAGGUCACUACUGCUCAACAUGUUACAGAAGGACUUCUCUCGUCGGGUGGAGCUGCAGGCGUCUGACGUGGAGCUUUGGUUGGGAUUCAUCACCUUCCUGUGUGAGGUUUUUGGAACCAUGAGGUCCAGCGCUGGAGAACCGUUUAGGGUGUUGGUCUGUCCUAUAUACACCUGUCUCCGAGAGGUGAGUCCCCUGUUCCCUACACACCUCCACCUGGGGAACCGUUUAGGGUGUUGGUCUGUCCUAUAUACAACUGUCUCCGAGAGGUGAGUCCCCUGUUCCCUACACACCUCCACCUGGAGAACCGUUUAGGGUAUUGGUUUGUCCCGGGUAAACACACACACACACCCACGGACAUUCCACCUCUGCUCAACUAUGUAGCCAUCUAAUCUACAAUCUAUAAUGUUGGAUAUCUUCUUAUAUCCACUCUAGCAGUACCACUUAUAGGCCGGAAAUUAUUUCUAGUGUGGAUAUUGGAACAGACUCGGUUGUCUCUCGGUCACUGGGUGUGUCACACAUGCUAUGUGGAUAUUGGAACAGACUCGGUUGUCUCUCGGUCACUGGGUGUGUCACACAUGCUAUGUGGAUAUUGGAACAGACUCGGUUGUCUCUCGGUCACUGGGUGUCACACAUGCUAUGUGGAUAUUGGAACAGACUCGGUUGUCUCUCGGUCACUGGGUGUCACACAUGCUAUGUGGAUAUUGGAACAGACUCGGUUGUCUCUCGGUCACUGGGUGUCACACAUGCUAUGUGGAUAUUGGAACAGACUCGGUUGUCUCUCGGUCACUGGGUGUGUCACACAUGCUAUGUGGAUAUAUCCUCAACCAGUAAUUCACUACGAUAACAAAGCAUCCUUAUUCAGAAGGCCACUCCAUCCGUCCGUCAAUCCCACAGCACAGCAUAGUACUCUGGGUAAUUGGGGGGAAGAUGAUUCCGGUAACACCUGCCUCACCUCAGAGUUCCAAUUUCCAUCAGCGGAGGAGGUCUGUCACAUUGGCUCAGACCGUUUCCAUAGGAACCAGAGACCGCAGGCAGACGCGGUAAUAAACUGGGGCUUUAUCCGGUAGAGAAAGCAGAAGUGGUCAAAACAGUGAGUGGAGCAUGGAGGGUUUAUUUUAUUUUUUUUAUAUAUUUUUUUGACCUUUAUUUAACUAGGCAAGUCAGUUAAGAACAAAUUCUUAUUUUCAAUGACGGCCUAGGAACAGUGGGUUAACUGCCUGUUCAGGGGCAGAACGA